UACCUAUUGACCUCUCGACUCGGCCGAACCCAAACAAGCUCUCACCGACUCACUUCGAUGAGUCUUGCCAACUUCAUCUCAUGGUGGUCGUCAAUGCUCGCUCUGCGAAUCUUCAGGUUCAAUUAGCAUCCUUCUGCAGUCUGUUUCGAAGGUCCUGGACGUUUCCCAGGCGUUUCUUCCAUAUGGCUUCGUCGCUCCGAAAUAAUUCCAAAGGGGUUUCCUUACAUGAUAUACCCAAGUCUAGUGUUUUCACAUCCAAGCUUCCUGCUGACCCUGCCUUUGAAACACCGGAAAAAUCGCAUCGAGCUUCCCGUGAGACCCUAGGCCCGCGCCUAGUAAGAGGUGCGCUUUAUACAUUUGUUAGGCCGGAGCCAGCAGAGGAUUAUGAGAUUCUGGGAGUAAGUCCGAAAGCCUUGGACGAUCUUGGGAUUGCAAGAGGCGAGGAAAAUACACCUCAGUUCCGUGCCUUGGUUUCUGGGAAUGAUUUUCCAUGGGAUGAGACUACUGGUGGAAUAUAUCCUUGGGCACAAUGCUAUGGGGGGUGGCAAUUUGGUUCAUGGGCUGGCCAACUAGGAGACGGGCGCGCUAUAAGCCUUUUUGAAAGCACCAAUCCAUACACAAAUAUUCGCUAUGAGCUACAAUUGAAAGGGGCUGGCCGAACGCCCUACUCGCGCUUUGCUGAUGGAAAAGCCGUGCUAAGGUCGAGCAUCCGAGAAUUCAUUGUCUCUGAAGCUCUUUCGGCCCUCGGUAUACCCACAACUCGAGCCCUAGCCAUUACUUUAUUGCCGCAAUCGAAAGUGCUGCGAGAGCGCAUUGAACCGGGAGCUAUUGUAACUCGAUUUGCGGAGUCUUGGCUUCGUAUUGGCACUUUUGAUCUCUUACGUGCACGCGGAGACCGUGACUUAACGCGGAGGCUUGCAACAUAUGUCGCUGAAGAAGUAUUCAACGGAUGGGAAACUCUAGAUUGCGCUAUAUACUCAGAUGAUGGUCAGUCCCUACCUGCCGCGAGUACUUCUUCCGGGAAUAGCUUAAAAGAUGAAGUGGAGGAGCAUGAAAGACUCCAAGAAAACAGGUUCACAAGACUUUACCGAGAGAUUGCACGCCGCAACGCCAAAACUGUUGCUGCAUGGCAAGCCUAUGGUUUCAUGAAUGGCGUUCUCAACACGGACAACACCUCGAUUUACGGUUUAUCAAUGGAUUUUGGCCCUUUCGCGUUCAUGGAUAAUUUUGAUCCCCAUUACACACCGAACCACGAUGAUCACCUACUGAGAUAUUCUUACAAAAACCAGCCCAGUGUCAUCUGGUGGAAUUUAGUCAGACUCGGUGAAUCUUUAGGAGAACUCAUGGGGGCGGGAGACCGAGUAGAUCAUGAGGAUUUCGUGAAAGGAGGACUUACCGAAGACUCCGCACCAGCUAUUAUUGAACGCGCCGAAAAACUCAUUGAACGAACGGGGAAGGAAUUCAGAGCUGUGUUCUUGAAUGAGUACAAAACAUUGAUGAGAAGACGAUUGGGCCUUCAAACGGAGAAGGAGACUGACUUUCAGAAUUUGUUUUCCGAGAUGCUUGACAUGAUGGAGGCAUUGGAGCUGGAUUUCAACCAUUUUUUCCGAAAACUAUCGAACAUUCCGCUCCAAGACAUCGAGACUACGACGCAGAGAAUCGAGAUGGCUCCAAUUUUUUUCCAUAAUGAGGGGCUUGACAGUGUUGGUCUGACAGAAAGCGCCGCUAAAGAACGCAUUGCACACUGGCUCGAGAAAUGGAGAACCCGCAUUUUGGAAGACUGGGGCAUGGACGACGAUACGGCCAGACAGAUGUUAAUGAAAUCAAGAAAUCCUAGCUUUUUACCACGCGGAUGGAUUCUUGACGAAGUUAUCGAGCGCGUAGAACGCAAGGGAGAUCGAGGUAUACUCGGGCGAAUCCUGCAUAUGACGACGAGGCCCUUCGAAGAUGAAUGGGGUUUCAACAGGGAGGAGGAACAACGGUUUUGCGGGGAUGUUCCAAAAAUCAAAAGAGCGAUGAUGUGUAGUUGUAGCUCCUGAACAAGAUGUUUCACUCAUGAGAAAUCUAUUUUUUUUGGCACCAUGCGGUUCCGAUUCCACAUAUCAAACUGCUGCCUUACACAUCCAGUGUCGUCGGAAUCUCUUGUGCCACAUUGAAG